AUGCAUCCUUCCACUUCAAUCCAAGCACAAAUAAUAAAAAGUUUUCUUUUUCUCCCACCAUUUAAAAGUCACCGCUCCAGCUUUCCCACACCUACCCUGCACUCAGAUCCUCUCAGCUCGCCAGUCGGCAGUCGCAGAUCCAAACCCCGAUGGCCGAAAGGCAACCAGAACCCGAACCAAUAUCGUCGGCGAACGCAGUCUUUCUCGGCGCUCUAGCUCCCGGCGUUAACGGCCCGACAUGGACGACGCUGAGAUUUGCGUUUGUGAUGCUGGGUGUGUGCCUUACUGUGAUGCUGGGUUUGGCAUUCUCUUCCAGUGACUCUUGGUUGGUUUUUCACGUUGCGUUCCUUGUUCUUAUCACUGCGACCCUCUUCCUGCUUCUUAGCUGGUUUCUUGCGCAGACUGGUUUGGUUUCUGUUGAACAUCAAAUCCGUGAGAUGGGCUUAGCGCCAUAUGAUAAAAAGGAGAAUAGAGAGGGCGUUGUGAAAAACGAGGAGAAAUCCCUUUAAAAGGGCAUCUUAUACUUCAUUCAAAGACAAUUACAGUUGUGAUACAAUCAUUUCGAGAGGCAUGAGAAGACAACGACAAGGUUGUCAAAACAGCAAGCAGGUUGCUGAAGAGUUCUGCACUGUUUCACGAGAGAUAUCGACGGGAGGAGUUGCAUCUUUCAGUCAGUCUUGGCCUCUUUCUCCUUGUGUUUGCUUGUUUUGGGCUUGACGAAGCAGAAACACGAGCAACACGGGAACUGGAACAAGAACCUCAUCUCUCUGAUGGUGUUGGGAUCACAAUGUCUAGAGAUCGGUAUAUAUACCGUCCUCCAGCAUUGGCUUUCGUUUAUUCCGAUAAGGAUGCUUUCCCUUUACUUUCUGUUUUUAUUCUUUUAAGAUUAAGAGAUGCCUAGCGUUGCUUCUCCAUUUGUGUCAUCAUUAUCUUUAUGUAAGGAAAGGAAUAGACUAUGUGAGGCAUAAAGGCAACGAAUAUAUAGUGGGAUUUAACAUAGUAGGUUGAUCUUUCUGGUGGCUUUCUUGGAGAAAUUUAUGUAGACUGCCACGUGGUGUUACAAUGUUACGAGCUUUUACCAAAAGAUAUUGAUUUUCUUUC